AUGCCCAACGGCACCCCUUCGAAGUCAUCUCAUGAAUUCGCCGAUGGCCAGUUGUCACCAGCGUCGCUGCGGCGUCGCAGUACUCGUGCCAGUGCUCUGAAAGCUCAAGAGAAGAUUAAACUCAAAGAUGAUGUCGUUGUCACGACGAAUGUGGAUAGGGAGGAUGUUGAGGAAAGUGGCGAAUCGGCGCCAAAAAAACGACGGCUGCAAGUUGGAUCCGGCUUCGACCAGUUCAGCCAUAAGUUUGGACUGCGGGAACAAGAUGGAAAUGUGUAUCCUUUGACGGAUGAAAGCGAAGUGUCAUCUUUACACGACAAUGAGAUUCUGACGCUGAAGGCCAGCUAUGAAAAGCUAAUAAGCAAAGAGCUGACACCGGAACAGCGGCAUGAACGAACCCUUAUGAUUAAGCAAUGUGAGGCUGAGUUGCGAUUAGAGGAAGCCAAACUGAUGAUGUUGAAGAAAGUAAAAGCAAGUCAAAUGUUGGCCAAUCAAAAGCUUCAUGAAGCCAAGAAGGGAGUCGCCCAUAUGUCACUUAAUAACACCAGCGGUGCAUAUAAACCGCUAGUGGCGCCACCGUUGAACAAAAACGUCUCCAUGCCUACCAAUGGGAAAAACACGAGUUCGGCAUCGCGGACGAAUCCUGUUCUAGGCUUAGCUGGUCUGACGACUCAACAACAGCAAGAGCUUCUUCGCAGCGCGCAGGCCAACCCAGCAGCCUUGCAAGCUCUGCUUAUGCAAGCCGCAAAGAACGGACAAUCUCCAGCUCAAGCACUUGCUGCUCUUUUCGCAAAUCAUGCUUCCACCUCAUCACAGGUUGCCUCUGUAGCUCAACAAAUGAAAGAACAACGUGCAAAAGAGGAACUUAUUCUGAAGGAGCAGGCUGCAGCAGCUACACAGGCGAGCACUGCUGCACAACAGGCAAAAUUGUUAGCAGCACAAACACCACAACAACGCGCCGCCACGGCAAGGCAAGCUUUUCGCAUGCAAGCCGAUAAGCAACUCAUGCAGCAAAUCACCGCUCCUAAAGCACCUCCAAUCGAUUUGUUUUUCAUUCCAAACGGCUCGCAACCAGAUUUUUGCUACCUCGUCGGUCUAGAUCUCGUCGUUCAACGGGUACUCAAGGACAAGAACGUGUACAGAUCUGUUACCGAGAGACCAUACGAGUGCGAAGAAUGUGGCACAGAUUUUACGCCUUCAUGGAAGGCCAUCGGCACUUCUUCCUCCGAUAUGCAUCUCUAUUGCGAACAGUGUGUACGUACUGCUCAAAAACGCAAGAUUCGAACGGAUCACUCCAAUGUUUUGAAGAAGGCAUAUAACAAAAUUAAUAGCCAGGAGAAGGAAUUUGAGAAGCAAAUAGCUGACGGCAAGCUGGAGGCUGCACUUGCCGCUGCCGCGCAGGCGCAUGCAGCAGCAGCGGCUGCAGCUGCGGCCUCGUCAAGUGCCGGUGCCUCGACUAGUCAAGCUCAGAAUUUGAGCACGAAACCUAACCCCUUGCAAGGAACACCGCAGCGCAGUGGAACCAGCACGCCAACUGCCCGUAAGGCAGCGACUCCAGUUCCACCUCCUACGACGCCUUUGCCGAAAGCUAGUGCAACGUCCUCAUCUUCGACCUCGAAUCCUUCUUCACUGAAGAAAUCGAGUAGCGCUCCAGGAUUGAAUAUGGCGGCAAUGCAACAGCAGAUGGCAGCCAUGCAACAACUGGUUCGCGCUAAUCCAAUGAUGGCGAUGGCAGCAAGUCAAAUGGCUGGUGCUGCUGCUGCAGGCAACCCUAUGGCAAGUAUGAUGCAGCAGAUGUGGAACCCCAUGAUGUUGCAGGCAGCCGCGACUCAGAUGCGUUUGCAACAGCAGCAAGCACAGCAACAGGCAAGUCAGCCAAAUAUGGCAAUGUCGAUGCUUGCGCAGGCUGUGCAGCAUGCGCAGUCGUCAGGAUUAUCUGGUCAAAACAAUAGCGCCAUUGCUCAAUUAGCUGCUGCAGCUGCAAUGAAUCCGGCGUUGAUGAACAAUCCGCAGUUACUACGACAAAUCCAGCAGAUGCAAAGCCGUGGACUGAUCGAAUCACUGCAGAGGAAGAAGUAA